CAUCAGCUGCUGCCCGGAGACUCCGGGCCUGGAACCAAGAAGAGCCCCCCUCCCCUCUCCUUCCCAAUCCCCCUGCCCCGGCCUCCAGCCUCGCCCAUCCCAAGGCCUCCUCCUCCUCCUCUUCCUCCUCCUCUUCGGCGAGAUUCCGCCCCAGCGAGGGGAGGGGAGGGGAGGGGGAGCCGCAGCGCACUGGGCAGACCGACUGACCGCACCUCCCGCUCCCCUCCCGGCGUUGGCGGCGAGCCCCGGAGGCAGGGCGGCGAAGCCAUGAGCACCAGGGCCCCCUACCAACAGAACCUGUACAACCCCGGCAGCGGGUCCCCGGCCAUCCAGUGCUAUCGCUGUGGAGACACCUGUAAGGGAGAGGUCGUGCGAGUUCAGAACAAUCACUUCCACAUACGCUGCUUCACCUGCCAAGUGUGCGGCUGUGACCUGGCCCAGUCGGGUUUCUUCUUCAAGAACCGGGAAUAUAUCUGCACCCAAGACUACCAGCAGCUCUAUGGCACUCGAUGCGACAGCUGCCGUGACUUCAUCACCGGCGAGGUCAUCUCCGCCCUCGGCCGCACCUAUCAUCCCAAGUGCUUCGUGUGCACCGUUUGCCGGCAACCCUUCCCCAUCGGGGACAAGGUGACGUUCCGGGGAAAGGAGUGCGUCUGCCAGACCUGCAGCCUCUCACUGGUCAGCGCCAAACCCGUCAAGGUCCUCGGGCCCAGCCACUGUGCCGGUUGCUCAGAGGAAAUCAAACACGGACAGUCCCUGCUGGCGUUGGACAAACAAUGGCAUGUCAGCUGCUUCAAGUGCCAGACCUGUGGGGUCAUCCUGACCGGAGAAUACAUCAGCAAGGACGGUGUCCCCUACUGCGAGGCCGAUUAUCAUGCCCAGUUCGGCAUCAAGUGUGAAACCUGCAGCCGUUACAUCAGUGGCCGCGUCCUGGAGGCUGGAGGGAAGCAUUAUCAUCCAGGCUGUGCCAGAUGUGUCCGCUGCCACCAAAUGUUCACCGAAGGCGAGGAAAUGUACCUGACAGGCUCCGAGGUCUGGCACCCUACCUGUAAGCAGGCUGCCCGGGCAGAGAAGAAGCUGAAGCUGAGGAGAAUGUCCGAGACGUCCAUCUCCCCGCCAGGGUCCAGCAUUGGCUCUCCCAACCGUGUCAUCUGUGCUAAGGUGGACCACGAGAUCCUUAAUUACAGAGACCUGGCAGCCCUGCCCAAGGUCAAGGGCCUCUACGAGGUCCAGCACCCUGACCUCUCCUCCUACGAGCCCUAUCCUCGCUACACCUCGGACGAGAUGCUGGCCCGCUGGAGCUGUGGGGAGUCGCUGGGAACGCUGUCUCCGUAUUCCCAGGACAUUCACGAGGGCUUGGACCUGCGGCAGAGACGCGCUUCCAGCCCAGGUUACAUCGACUCCCCCACUUACAGUCGGCACGGAAUGUCCCCCACCACCCCCCGCUCACCUCACCACUACUACCGCUCGGGCUCGGAGAGUGGGAGGAGCUCCCCAUUCCAUAGCCAGUUGGACGUGCGCUCCCCCACACCCACCGCCUACCAGGCACCCAAGCACUUCCACAUCCCAGCCGCAGGAGAGAGUAGCAUUUAUCGGAGGCCUCCCAUCUACAAACGGCAUGCCACGAAGAGCAAAACCAGCGAGGACAUCCGGCAGGCCUCCGAGUUCCUCCCCGCUGGCUCCCCCGACCCCUACUGCCACUUCGAGUCUGACUUCUGGACCCACCAGGGGUCCCCCAAAGUACCCCGAGCACGGCGAUUCUCUGCAGGGGGAGAAGAGGAUGACUAUGACCGGAGCAUGCACAAAAUUGAGAGCGGAAUUGGCCGGUUGAUCCUGAAGGAGGAGAUGAAGGCGCGAUCCCAUUCGUACGCCGACCCCUGGACCCCGCCACGCAGCUCCACCGGCAGCCGAGAGGCCUUGUACACGACUAGCUACGAGGCGUCUCUCAACGGCUCACCUCGAUCCCACUACCUGGCAGACAGCGAUCCCUUCAUUUCCAAAUCCGCCUCCCUGCCUGCUUACCGGAGGAACGGGCUGCACCGAGCGCCGAGCUCAGAGCUCUUCCACUACGACAGCAUGAACGCAGUCAACUGGGGCAUGCGUGAGUACAAGAUCUACCCCUACGAACUGCUGCUGGUGACCACCAGGGGGCGCAAUCAGCUGCCCAAGGAUGUGGACAGGACCCGGUUGGAGCGCCACCUGUCCCCGGAGGAAUUCCGCCACAUCUUCGGCAUGGCCAUGUCCGAGUUUGACCGGCUGGCUCUCUGGAAGAGGAACGAACUGAAGAAACAAGCCCGGCUGUUCUAGAGCCUCGGCCUUCUGGCCCCCUGGAAGGUUAUAGAAAUAGAGUAUGCUAUCUAUAGACAGAGAGCUAGAUAAAUAUAUGUAUGAGAGAAAGAAGAGAGGUACGUACAAACCUAUAGAGUUUGGAAGGACCUCUCUCCUGAAGCUCUGAGUGAACUCUCAUGUGCAAUAGGGGCCGCAGCCUGCAGUGGGUGGGGGUAUCUGAACCCCUCCCCCGCCUCCCCAAUUUGCCAGAGCAAGGGGAAGGUAGAGGGGUGGGAGGGGUGGGUUUGGAGUCGCCCUUCUCGCACGAGCGUCGUUUUUUAUACCAAAUCUUACUCCCGCCCCUUCCUGGGGUCUACUAUGAGCAGAGUCUCUUCCUCUCCAGGGAACCUGUCCCCCAACCCCGACGUCUCCACUUUCUCCGCCCCCCUGCAGCCCUCCGGAACGGGGGAAGGAUGGGGGGGCUCCCCUAACUGCUGCCCCCCCAGGCCGGAUCUAGACGGGGGAGAGCCUGCCUGAGGUCCCAGCAGACCCAAGCUGCUGGGUUUUUCAGGCAGGUGUAGACCUCCCCCCACCACCACAAGUGCAAUCAAACCAGCCCCACUGCCGGCCCCCGGGCCCGGGCACAUCUCUUCCCCGCCCCAGGAGGGUCGCCCACCCCGCAAUGUCCGACCUAUGUGCCUAGAAUACCGAGGGCCGAAGCCACUGUCCAGGCCGGCCGGCCACUAGCCCCCGUCCAGCUUCUGGGCGGGCCGACUCAGCCCUCCCCCUCUGCUCCCGCCCCCACCCCCGCCGUGCCCACAAUGCCAGGGAAACUGAGGCCGGGAUGGAACUGUUACCUUUGCUGGCUAUGCCCCCGCCCUCGGAAUCUCACGAGGAGAAUGGUCCGGCAGAAACAGCCUCGGGUUCAGAACCCGGGUUCGAGGCCAGGCUCCUCUCUCCCAUCCACCCCCCAGCCAGCCACCUCCCCUCUCCGGGCCUCAGUUUCCCCACCUGUAGAAUUGGGGUGCUCGGACCCGCCUCUCUCUACCUCGCAGGGCUGUUGUGAGGAGAACAGAGGAUGCGUGUCAUGUGAAAAGCGCUUUGGAAAAUAAAAAAAAAGCCACCCA